AUGAAUAUUUAUGACCUUUUGGACAGUCUAGGGGGCCUGGCACAUUGGGAAAUAACCGUUGACGUAACUGAACUUUUAUUACAGGAUGCUCCAGAUCAAGUAGAAACUCCAGUUUGGUUGAAGAAUCAAAGUUUUCAGCAGUUUCAAGAUUCCGCUAGAAUCAAACAAAUUAAUCAAUCUAAAAAUAAAAAGAAAAAGGAGAAGAAAAGGCGCAGUAGAACAGAUUCAAGAUCAAGAUCAAGAUCAAAAUCAAGACCAAUUUCAAUAUCUUCUAGUUCGAGCCGAUCAGGAUCAGAAGAUAGGGAACACAAAAGUUCAAGAUUAAGAAAAACUAAAAGAAAGAACAGAUCGCGAAGUAAAAGUUCAAAAACAAGGAAAGGAUCAAAAUCCAGGAAAAGGUCUAAAUCUAGAAAAAGGUCCAAAUCAAGAAAACGAGCUAGAUCUAGAAGAAGAUCAACCAGUUUAACAAAGUUGGGAAAAAGAUCUAAACAUUCUAAAAGAUCACGAUCAAGACAACGGGAGAGAUCAAGAUCAAGACAAAGAAGAAGAUCAUCAUCAGAGCGUAGGAUAAAGAAGAAGAAUAAAGAUUUUGACCCGGCCACGGAUGUUUUCAUAAUCGAUGCUAAACCUGACAAAACAUUGAAGUUUGUUGUUGGAACCUAUGGAUAUAGAAUACCCUCAUACAAGGUGAAGGUUCGCGGUGUGCUGGGUUGGAGUAAACAAGCACAGAGAUUUCAACGCCUGGAGGACUUCAAACGGUUUCACAACAGAACCUACAUCAAGAAGUUUCUCAAGACUAAAAGCCUGCUGCACCUAGACAGAGAGCAUAUUCAGACAGCAAAUGCAACAUUACAGGAGAGUUUGAAUAAAGAAUACAUAAGAAUUAGUGAUGAGCCGGAAAAGGAACAGGAUGAGGAGGAAGAAUAUGAUAAAAUGAAAUCUUUAUAUGAUGAUGCAACAAGGAAUUAUUUAGCGGGGGUAGGAGGUUUAACCCCUGAUGUGGACAAGACCUUGGAGGAGUUCGAAAACCCCCAGAUUCGACAACGUAGGUUGGAGUUUAACUCUAAACUCAGGGAUACUCCGACCAAUGUUAACCUUUGGAUCGAGUUCAUCGAUUUCCAGGAUGAGAUUUUAAAAGAGUCUGUCUUUGAUCUUGAUGAUGAUCUUGUGAAUAAAACUGUAAAGAAGAGGAGAGGUGAAGUGCUUAGAGCCAAGGCUGUAACAGAGCGUAAGCUGGCAAUCUGUAGAACAGCAAUACAGAAGAAUUCAAGAUCUAUUGUGUUGGCGGUCAAACGACUGGAACUUUCAAGGGACCUAUUGGACUCCAAGACCCUGGAUCAGCAAUGGAAGGAAUUAAUAUUUGUGUAUCCGGACAAUAUUGAUUUAUGGAAGCGUUAUCUUCUCUUUGUUCAAACAUUUUAUAUCAGGUUUUCUGUAGGGGAGACGAUAAAAGCGUACAAAACUGCAAUAUUCAAACUGAGAGAGCAGCAAAGAUACUUUGCUGAACAUGGUGAACUAACCCGUCUGUUCGAACUGGAGCACGGUAUAUUGGAUAUUCUUUGCCAGCUGGUCAGCUUACUAAUACAGAGUGGUUAUGUCGAGAAGGGAAUAGCUAUUUGUCAGGCUUUGCUUGAGUUCAACCUUUUCUCUCCCGAGUUUUCUAGUCCCGGCGGAAGCGACUUUGAUGACGCAGUGUCUCUGCUAGAACCGGUUUGGGAGCGUGGAUGUCCACGUGUCGGAGAAGAUGGCGCCCAGGGUUGGGGGGUUGAACUAAACAGAAUGAAUCAGAUGGAAGAAAAGAAUUUAAAAGAGGACGAAGACUGGGAAGACGACAUUAUUGCUGAAGCCAAGGACAGAUCUUUCGGGGAAACUUGGUUGGACCUGGAGCUGGGUCGUGAAGUAAGACAAUGGAGUCCAUGGAAGGACGGGGAUGAGCUCCCUGAGGACAAGGAGAGGUUCGUCGAGUUUGAAUUUGUCUGCGGGUUCCUUGUAGAUUUUUCCAGGAAGGAGACAAAGUUUCGUCUGUUUGUAUCUGUGCUUACCCUGCUGGGUGUAGAGUGGAGGGACAAGGAGUUCUCCAACCUUACCAGAUCAACCCCCAUGGAGGCAUACUACAACACAGACAAGAUGUACAACCAGAACCUCUACAACGGAAUCAAGAUGCUGCAAGAUACUCUACCAACAAUAAAGAACAACGAAUCUUUAGCAAUAUUCAUCCAUAAUCUGUUUGCACAGUGUUACACCCGUUUUCAGGAACCAUUCCGUACCAACAUUAUGUUGGUCUGGUUAGAGUACGAAGCUGAGAUAAUCCGCCAGAACAAGGGACCAGCAGCUAAAGAGCUCAGGAAGGAUUUGAAAAAACUAGUGCGGUGCUUGUUGAAGGAGGACAGGAACAACCUGGACCUGGUGGUGAAGUUUGCGGAGCUGGAGUACGAGAUGGAGGGAUAUGCAGUAGCUCAACCUAUACUGGAAACUGCUAUGCGAGCCUCCAACUCUAAUUUCCUGAAGUUAAACACAGAAGAAGGUUUUCUGUCGGCUACUCUUCUCUACAGAGCUUCAGUAGAAAUGGAACUCAGAGAGAUGAUAAAACUGCAGAACGAUAGAAAAGAGCAUCCAGACAAUACCAUUAGCGACUCAAUUCAUAGAAAUCGUAUGCAAUGGGUUCUAGUUCAUAUCGGAUGUGGAAAGAAAUAUUCUCCUUAUUCUCCGGAGAAAAACGAUGUUAUUUUAUCUCUUCUAGAAGGAGCUCAGCGUAGUUUCCAGGACUGGAUACAGGAGGAUAUCCAGGAUAUAUCCUGUAGCAGGGUAUUCCAGAUGGCACCUUUUGUCAGACAUUCGAUCUGUGAUGUUAUAUUUUUCCAUGCUUGGUUAACCAAAUUCUCAGCGGGUACACAGACUGCUGUGAGUAUGGUGGCAAGUGUACGGGAUCAGAUAAAGUCUAAUGAUCGACCGGGUAGAUUUGACCAGCUUGCGCUGACCCAAAGCUUCCUGGUCGAAAGCCUCGACAAGAUCUGUCUGGACAUGCUGUGGUUCGACUCGGUCUUUGACGUCCUGGAAAAGCAAAGACUCAGGAACUUUUAUCUCUACUGUAUAUCUCGGCAUUCGAGGAGUAGAUAUUUUCAGAACAAACUAGUUUUAGUGCAGGAUUCUACUAGUAUAGUAAACAAUAUUUGGCAGGAGAUUCUCAGCUCUAUUCAGGAUACUAAGAAGACUAACCUUGCUCUGAUAGAGGAAGCCUGUGAAAUAAGUUUAUCUAAGUUUUUGAGUGUACUGGAUCCCCUGAAUCCACAGCAAAUCCCUGCCCUAGGUUACUGUUUCUUGUAUAAGCUGUCUAACCUACUAGAACGCUGUGUUGCUAAACCGUUUCUUAAGCAUUCACCUCUCAUAUGGAGAUUACUACUCUGGUGCACCAGUAUAGAGAGUUUAAGGAAGGAGGGUAAGGUUGGCUGUGAAAAUAUAAAAAUAAUGCUCUACAGGGCAAUCCAAGAUGUUCCAUGGUGCAAGGCUCUGUACCUGGAUACUGCGCUGUACCUGUCCAGGAUUAAUGAACUCAGCACAACUAAGAAGAAACCGGUUCUUCAAAGUGACGGAGAGGGGGAAGAGGAGGAGGUGAAGUUUGAAUAUAUUUCUGGCAGUCUGGAGCACAUCAACGAGCUCAUGGUGGAGAAAGAGAUUAGGCUGAGGUUACCCUUGCAGGAGCUUGAGGUUCUCCUGGAGCCUCUAUAGAAAGGAGAUUAGACCGAGGUUACCCUUGGAGGAGCUGGAGAUUUUCAUGGAGUUUCUAUAGCAAGGAGAUUAGACUGAGUUUACCUUUGUAGGAGCUAGAGAUUCUCAUUGAGCCUCUUUAGCAAGGAGAUUAUCAGAAAAACUCGAAGGUCUAUUUCACAAGAAAAUUCAAAACCAUUUCCAGUGCCCAAGAGCGUUUUUUUUUUCUCUGAUCAGUUAGGUCACGUAUUGUAGUUAACAAGAUUUAAAAUGUUGUUCUGUUCAAUAUUUAGAAUAAAGUCUGUGAUAAAAUUAUAAUUUUCAGA